UUUCUGUUGUAGCACAUCUAAGUAUGUUCUUAACAAAGCUUCCAUAUUUAUUAUUUUUUUUCCCUUCUUAUCAGAAAUUGAAAUACACAUAUGAAUUUUUUCAAGUAAAAUAACUGCGUUUGCUUGUUAUGCAAAAAUCUUCAGAAAAUCAAAUAUACACUGUUUUUAUUAUAAAGUGAUUCAGUAUACUCAUUUUUCUUUGUUGUAACUUACCUUUUAUAAAUUUUGUUUAAGUUUUUUAUUUUUACUUUUUAUACUUUAAUUGUUGCUGAAUGUUAUUAUUACUGUUCUAAAUUUUAGUUAUUAUUUGUUUUAUUGUUAAUUAUGGCAUCAACAACCAAUGUGAAUGCUCCUGGCACAAAGCCUUGUAAUAUAUGUGAGCAUUGUAGAAAGUAUUAUUUGACCCUGAAGCCACAUGAGUUAUAUGCCCAAUGUGUUGAGCGUCCUUUUUUGUGCACAUACUGUAACAGGACAUUCACUCGUAAGGACAAACUUGCUGACCAUAUAAAAUCUCAUACAGGAGAACGACCUCAUGUAUGCACUCAUUGUGGGAAAAGUUUCACACGAAAGGAUAAACUUACUGUUCAUAUCCGCAUUCAUACUGGAGAAAGACCCUAUGUGUGCCCACAGUGUGGGAAAGGAUUUGCCCGUAAAGAAAAACUAGGAGCCCAUAUGUGUAUUCAUACAGGUCAACAUCCUUAUCAUUGCCCUCACUGUGGCAAAGGCUUUGCUUGGAGAGAUAAACUUGUGAAUCAUAUUCGUAUUCAUACUGGCGAAAGGCCGUUUGUCUGUAAGCACUGUGGUAAAGGGUUUGCGCAGAAUGAUAAGCUAACUACUCACAUACGUAUUCAUACAGGAGAACGGCCUUUCGUUUGCAAGCAUUGUGGUAAAGCAUUUGCUCGAAAUGACAAGUUAACUGUUCAUGUUCGCAUACAUACUGGCGAACGUCCGUUUGUAUGCAAACAUUGUGGCAAGGCUUUUGCAAGAAAAGAUAAGUUAACUGCUCAUAUUCGAAUGCAUACCGGUGAACGUCCUUUUGUUUGUAAUCAUUGUGGUAAAGCCUUUGAUCUGAAAGGUAAACUGAAUGCCCACAUGAACAUUCAUACGGGUAAACAUCCAUUUGUGUGCAAUCAUUGUGGCAUAGGGUUUGAUCGUAAAGAGAAACUAAAUUCUCAUCUUUUGUUACAUUUAGGAAGUAAUCCCUGUGAUUCAUUAAUUGUUAAUCCUCUUAUGACUAAAACCUUGUGAAAUGCAUCGGUUGUCUAUAUAUUUGCAUUUUAAAAAUACCUCUGUGUAGCUUUGUCUGUUUAUCUUUUGAUAUUUUAUUUAUUUUUAGUUUGUUCUGUGGUUGAGAACUGUUGUUAAAAUUUAAAUGCUUUUUGCAUUUUGCCAUGUUUUUCUUAUACCUGUGAUCUAAAUAGAUUCGUUUUGGUUGGUAGUUAGUUACUUUUUAUGUAAGCUGCUUCAUGAAGUUUAUCUGUAAGCAAAAUGUACAUAUUUAUUAAGAUCAAAAUCUGACUCUUGCAUUUUUAUGUAGAUAAAUGCAAUAAAAGUUCCAAGAAUUUUGA